UAAAAUGUUAAUGUAGAUAUAAAUCCCCGUAGAAAAAUAAAUUAUUAGUUUCAGUGGAAAAUGGCUUUCAAAACAGUAUUAUUCAUCUUUUCUCUAACACUCUUAGCUGCAAAUGCUGAAAGUUCUUCGAUAGGAUCCCUAUUCAGAACUAGCCAAUGGGCAACACAAAGAGCCGCUGGAUCUGAGAACGGUACCAUACUAUCAUCAAUAUGGGAGAGUUUAUCCAGUGUUGAGUGGGAUAACGCAGAUGAAGUGAAAAGUGUUCUACUUAAUCUUCUAAGUUCGUUAAAAUCAGCGAGUUCAACGGAAGAAGAUACCACCACGCGUACUAGAAGAUCGAUUGCAAUUGACAAUAAGAUUGUUGAUGUUGUAGACCCUCUUACCGAGCUAAUAACUUUUGAUAUCAGUCAAUUCAAACAUAGAACAACCAGAGACGUAGCCGUGCGUAAAGUUAGAGACUUGUCUUUUAGUAUUACAUCAAAUUUGAAUCAAUUGAUCAAAUUUAUACUCUCUUAUUAUCUUGAUAAGUUAGAGUUGUACAUAGGAGAUCUAAUAGUAUUGCCCGCUCGAGAGGUCUUGGAUUGGUUAUUGGAUUGGUUGCUACCUUGUGGAGUUACUUGUACUGUAUUAGCUUGAACAAUGUAAAUCAUAAAAAUUUUUAAGUGGAA